UUAAGAAGGAGUGAGUGUUGGCGUGGCGUGCGAGGCUGCCUGGAACACCACGCUGUCACCACAUCAUCCACUAUCACCUAUAAUAUCACUGUGUAACCAUGCCUACCGUCUCUGUUAACCGAGAUGUAUUGUUCAAUGCUCUCGGAAGGUUCUAUUCGGAUGAUGAAUUUAACGAGCUGUGCUUCCAGUACGGAUUGGAAGUUGAUGAUGUAGUUGAUGAUCCGGAGAAGGGAAUAACAUACAAGAUUGAAGUGGGGGCCAAUCGCUAUGAUCUUCUUUGCUGCGAGGGACUUGCUCUCGCUCUUUCUGUUUAUUUGGGAAAGAAGUCCCUUCCAAAUUACCAGUUAAUGCCAGCCAAGGAAACAGAGAAAUAUAAGCUAAUAGUGAAACCAUCAACAGCCCAGGUACGUCCAUAUGUCGUUGGAGCUGUUUUGCGGAACAUGAAAUUUACUCAGGCCGUGUAUGACUCCUUCAUUGAUCUUCAAGACAAACUGCAUCAAAACUUAGCUCGGAAGCGUACCUUGGUUGCAAUUGGCACUCACGAUUUAGACACAGUCUCAGGCCCUUUUAUAUAUGAUGCAAAAGUGCCACAAGACAUUUCAUUUGUACCUCUGAACCAGUCUCAAGCUAUAAGAGCUGACAAACUGUUGGAAAUGUAUUCUCAUGACUCACAUCUUAAGGAAUAUGUGCCUAUUAUAAAGGAUAAACCUGUUUACCCAGUGAUCACUGACCAGAAGGGUGUGGUAUUAUCUAUGCCACCUAUCAUCAACGGUAAUCACUCCAAGAUUACCCUUAAUACACGUAACGUUUUUAUAGAGUGCACCGCUACUGAUCGCUACAAAGCGCAGAUUGUACUAGACACACUUGUAUGUAUGUUCUCGGGCUACUGUGAUCAACCUUACACUGUUGAGCCUGUUCAGGUUGAGUAUCCUGAUGGAGAGAGAGUGCAGUAUCCAACUCUUUAUUAUCGUCAACAAGAGGCCUCUGUUUCUUACUGCAACAUGUUAACAGGAGUGAAUGAAACUGCUGAAAGUAUUGCAGCAAUGCUUACAACCAUGAGUCUCUCAGCCAAGCCCCAGGGCCAAGACAAAGUUAUAGUUGAGGUGCCUCCAACCAGAUAUGAUAUUCUUCAUGAGUGUGACAUAGCUGAAGAUUUUGCUGUAGCAUAUGGCUUUGAUCGGUUGGCAGCUGAUAUGAAGAUGCCUCCAACUAAUACCAUUGGCCAGGAAUUUGAACUGAAUUAUCUCAGUGAUAAAUUGAGAUUGUUGUUGUCACAGAAUAACUACACUGAAGCUGCCACAUUUUCACUGUAUUCAAGGAUAGACAUGGGCGAGAGAAUGAAAGUGAACCUCGAAAAUGAGUCUUGGGUUAAAGUUGCGAAUCCCAAAACUACAGAAUGUGAGGCUGUUCGAAUUAGCCUUUUGCCAGGAUUGUUGAAAACUUUGUCGGCAAACAAGCAUAUCUCCUUACCCCUGAAAUUAUUUGAGGUAUCUGACGUUGUGCUUCGAGAUACUUGUCCUAGUGCUACUAGAGGCACAGGUGCACGUAAUCAACGGCAUAUCUGUGCCAUUAACUACAAUGUUAAAGUUGGAAUAGAAAAAGUUCAGGGUCUCUUGGACAAUAUUAUGGUGGCUCUCAAGGUCCCUUAUGCUGGUGAUAACAACUCACAAGGAUAUUAUCUUGAGGAAAAAGAACAUCCAAGUUACUUCCCUGGGUUUUGUGGUAGUGUGAUCAUCAGUGGUGUCCCUGUGGGGUUUUGGUUUUGGUUCCCCCCAGAAAAUCAUCACAAUUCAAACCCCAACAAUCCCGCUGUGCUCUUGAAUCGAUAUGCAAAAAAAUUUUGGAACUGA